UCGAAUGAGUUCGAAAAUGCCAUUCUUGUUUACGUACAAAGGCCAUACGAAUCCAUUCGUAUCGCAUACGAAUGCGAUACGUAUACGAAAAAGGUGGAUGUCUAUGCAAAAAUGGUUGAUGUCUAGACUUAAGGGUUAGAAAAGGUUUAAACGUCAGGUGAGAAAUGUCAAGUGUGUCAAGCCGAUUGAGCGAGGUUCCUGACGGCAAACAGUUUUUUUACUGAAUGAAAAUGAAAUAUGUUUUUAUUAUAAUUUGCAUAAUAAAAUGGUCUUUUUUGAGAAACAUUUAUAGUAAACGUAUGCCUACAACACAAGAUAAUCGCGGUUACUUAAAAUUUUCCUUUUAUAAAUAAAAUUUGUUUGGCGAAAUAUGUAAUUGGAACCAAAUUUACAAACUCCGAUGCAAAAACAUAAGAGCGUCAUGGGCCUGCAUGAUGCAAUAAAACUUGACUGUUUACAUUUUGUAAUCACCUUGAAAAUUAUUUUGUAAGAAGUAUUUUCGCGUUUUUUAAAUAUUUCUAGUAAGCAGACGUGUGGUGGUCGAGUGCAAAUCGACGAACAUGGAUUAUGAUGCGGUAGAAGUAAUUCAAUUUUAUCAAAAAGUGAUCGUUUCUGUUGAUGUUUCCGAUUAUUUGCGGCAGCAGAAAAAUGAUCAACGAAAAAAAGUUAUUUUUCGAAUCGGUGUCAACUUUAGAACUGAAUCUGAUGAAACUGAUAUUGAUACGGUAACUGUGCUAUCAAAACCAGACAAAAACCGACAAUUAUCCAGCAUACCGCUAAUUGUUGUUCCCGCAGAUAAGGAAAUCAGCCUGAUCUACAAGCGGCCUAAACAACAGAACAAGCCGAUCCACGUUACGCUAAAGCAUCGUGCGUUAAAGAAGAUGAAAAACAUCAUAGUCAAAACUUUCAUCCGCCCGCCCUGUGUUGUGCUAGGCUAGUGCUGUGUGCUGUCAUGCAAUCCCAGUAAACGGCUGCGACGUAUAAGAGUUGUGUCACUUUUUCGAAAGUUCGGCUGCCGCUUUCCCAAAAAAGCCCAAUGAACAAAGGUGGAUAUGGAUGUGUGGUUCGUUCGAGUUGUUAUUAUGGAUUAAUUACAAAAAUCGAGUCGACUGGACUUAUUUAUUUACUCAAAAAUGAGACGAGUUACUCGUCGAAGCUUCUAUAAUACAGCCUUGUCGUCGUGUACUCUGUAAGUAGAAAAUGAUGAAAAAUAAAAUAGUCACUAAACCCUA